AUGCUGGACGCGGUUGCGGACCGUCUCCGUGAAGGGGAGCGACUAGACACGGCUAUCAUCGCAUCCGAUACGCACGCGCCACAACAAAGUGUCAGCUUAGACGUGUCAUCGACAUUUCUUGAGUGUUGGGACAAGAAAGUACGAUUUGGAAGGCUGCCCAAGGCAAAACUCUUCGUCGGUCAACCGAGGGCUCUGCCCUGUGAUGCCGACCUAGUGACAAAGUGGGAAGAAGUCAUCAAACCCAGGCUCAUGAGCGACCUCGAGUCAGUUUGUAGCUGGUCGACUCCCAAUGAGAGCUUUGAAGCCGAGCUAUGUAUGGCAGGCGUCGUCAGGAAAGAAAAGGUUGUUGAACUCAACCCCACUGUAUGCAUUCGCUGCAAAAGUAAGGGGUGUCGGAAGGAAUUCGAAAGGGCUGUCAAAGACCUCGAUUACCUCGCCUCUUUCUGCUUCGGCCGAGUAGAAGUAAGGCUCGGGGCCCCACAACUUGCAAGUAUGCUUCCUCAGUCUGAUACGCAAACGCCCUACUACGAAGAUGUAUCUACAGACGAAGAAGAGGCACAGCGCGAGGCCGAAAUAGAAUCUUUAUACAAGAUUCAGCUGGAGCAUCACCACGAGCGCGAAGAAAGACGGAAAGCGCCACGAGCAAUGAGCGACUGGUGGAUACGUCAGAAAUGGUGGAUACAGGAAUUAUUUCCCGAAGACUCCGCUUGCGGCUUGAAGUUACGAAUAGAGACGAACAUAAGUGGAGUGAAUAUUCAAUCAAUCUCCACGAUUGGUGGUUUGAUCAAGAUCGACGAGAAGAUCUAUGGCCUCACCACGGGUCAUGGAGUUAUAGCUCCUCCAGAUCUGCCCACGGUCACGCAUACGAUUCCCUCAGAAUCAUCCUCUGAGUAUGAGUCUGAAUUUUUCGGUUCGGAUUCGGAGUCAUCGGACGCCUCUGUAGCCGAUGCAAACGCUGACUCGAAUCAGUGCGCCGAAGUCAUCCAUCAGAUCCGAUGGAGAGAUAUCCCUGCCGGCGGACUGGCCUGCUUUUGCGGGAAAACCGACAUUCAUAACAUCGUAGGCCACGGAAUGUUCCACCUUAACGACGUAAUCCACGAUGCAGAUCUUAAAGCUGGCGAGGUUUUCAUCUUGACCGGAAAGUAUCAAACGGUCUGCGGAUAUCUAUUGAGGGGACCCGCAAGCUUUAGGAUCAAGGACGCGUUAUUUCAAACAAGGAAGAUUGAACUCAGGGAGCCCCUGCCGAAAGGCGUAUCCGGAAGCUGGGUCGUUCAGGGAGAUCGUCUUUGUGGUGUCGUGUUAGCGGUGUAUGGAACCGAACCGUACGCACACAUGAUCACCAUAGACAAGGUCUUCCAGGACAUUCGUAUUGCACUCAAGUGCACAACCAUCCGAGUUGCUACUGAAGAUGACAUUACAACGCGGAACAAGAGGCUGGGGUCUCCUCUAGUGAUUAUUGGAGAACCCACUUCAAAGCCUUGUACUACGGUCUCUGCACCGUCGUCUGUGGCUUCUGAAGACUGCCCUCUUCCAGAACUCGGGGAUCUUGCAGGAGGCUUGUCGGCUCUGGAAACGAAAAUACCGUUGCUUCCCUCACGGACGCACGCUGUUGACUGCUUCGAGCAUUCGGAACUAGGCCAUAGAGAAGAUGCUCUCAACAGGCCACGCGGCUCUUCUUCAGGCUCAAGUACCGAGAGAAAUCUCGAUCCAUCAAUCUCUAAUCUGCCAUCACAUCCCCGACGGCCUCGACGUAUGGCUUUUGGCAGUGAUCCUGGUUAUGUGCCACUUCCCGAGCAGCCAAUGUUUUCAAGUGAAUAUGCCAGGAACGGCAAAACUAAUAGUCGAAGCUACAACCUGGUCCGCCUCGAAACCCGCAUCGUUGUGUACCAAUUCUUGGAAGCACCGGCAAUGACACCUGUUUCGAAGAUGAAGCAUUGGCUACUGCCUACCAGUAUUUUCUAG